AUGCCCAGCUUUUGGCAUGACAUGCGACCCGGAGUUGCGGAUGUCAAUCAUAUCCACGCAGUGCACUUGAAGGGUCCAAGAUUGGACUCUUCAAAACUACGCAAAGCAUUGGAUGAACUGCAAGCAAGACAUGAUCGACUCCGAGCAAAGCUGCACAUAAGUGCUUGUGGAAAGUCCUACCUGCUGAGAGACGCCACGCCGAUCCCGCUUCACGAAAUUGAUGGUCGUGAUCCAGACCGCAUGAAUCUGGACUUGGAAAAGGUUCUCAUGACCAAACCAGAUCCUCAUCCUGCUGUCUUUGCAGCCUAUAUUUUCUACAACGCUGAUCAUUCAGUGCUCCUCCUUGGCUUUCGGCAUGGUCCUGGGGAUGGACGAGCUAUUGAGGUCGCUCUGUCUCAGCUGCUUCGACUUUACGAUGGCAAAGAAGUACCGAUGUGCAAAAGCCAUAUGAACUAUACAGAAAUCGUAAAGUUUAGGGGCAAGUUGAGCAAAGAAGAGCUUGCGAACUGGAAGCAAAUCGAAGAAGAAUUUCCUCCUGUUCCGCGGUAUGCCAUUCACCAGACAUUUGUUCGACCUGGACAUCCAGACUUCAAACUCUUGUUCGAGGGAAUUUGCAUUGAGCUUCUGCGAUUUGAUGCAUCCAAAACAAAAGAGAUGGCAAAGAUCAGCCGCAGUGCUGGGACGACAAUUACAGGUGCAAUUAUUGCAGCGAUGCAACAUGCAACUUUGUUGGAGCUCUACAAACGCGGACUUGAGAGUGACGCUGUCUCCAUCGGAAUUUUGGUGAACGAACGAUCUUUCCUGGACAAGCAAUACAUGCAGGAGAUGGGAAACUUUGCUAGCCAGGUGAUUCUUCACAGCGAAGUCCAGCCAGAUUUUUGGAAGACAGCAAGGCAUGCAAGGCAUUUCCUUGAACGUGUCAUGGAGAAACAGUGCAGUUGGCCUGCCUUUGCUAUUGAAUUCGGCAUGAGCUCCCGAGAUCGUCUCAAGCUGAUGAAUCGGAUGACGCCAGAGCUUAUGAGUGCAAUGUUCGAACAUGGCACACAAGCGACGAUCUCCAGCCUGGGAAUAUUGUCUUCUUUUGGACAGUACGACAGCUUCGAGGUGCUGGAGAAUAUUCAAUGCAGCCAUGUGUUUUUUCAGGGCCUGGCCUUAAACGUUUGCACCAGUGGCUCCUCUGGAGUGAUGACACUCACUAUCCAGGUGGCGAAGAACGUGGUUCCGAAUGCGCGAGAUUUAGCCGUUUCGGUCCGACAACACCUAGAAACGACCUUGAACAAUCUUCCAACUCCCACCGGCGAGGACGACGAGGAGAGUCAAACAGCUGCUGCCUACACUGCAAGUGCAAGCGCGAUGCAACCUCUCAUCGCAAAGAACCGGGAAAAGCUGAAAAAUGCGCAGAAGACCGGGGAUGGCGCUAUGGCCAUGAUGGGAGACACUACUGGCGCAUAUACCUGGAAGACUCAUUGCCUGGUCGCCGUGGUUACCUUUUUUGGCAUUUUAUCGGCAGGGCCGGUCAGUGCCUUUCCACUCUAUAACGGUGCAUUGGCUGCAUCCGGGGUCUUCAAAUGGGCUUGUGAGCAUGGUACGAGUCAAUGUGGCCAGCAGAGGGCAGCACUUCGAGAUGUCUACGCAACCACUUUCUCCAUGCAAUUGCGUUUUUUCAUCCUGGUUGGCUGUGCAUACGAUAUCUUCGGGCCUCAAAAAGGAGCUGCACUUGGAGCGUUGACCUUGGCCGUGUGCUGUGGUAUGUUGGCCAUUGGUGUCAAUCUGGAUGGGGAGGAGUGGCCAUCGACGCAAUGUGCUUUGAUGUACGUUGGCCUGAUGUUUGGGGAUCUCGGAGGAAACCUGGCAUCUUUCGGCAUUCUUGCAUUUAUGUGGCACUAUCCCAAGGUGCAAGCUGUUUUCAUUGGUCUUAGCAAUGCAGCGACUCAAGCGUCUGGAGGCUUGGGAUUGUGCAUGAGCAUUCUGGCGGCACAUGGCUACAGCAUUUCAGAUUCGUUUAUUGGUUUGGCCGUCAUAAGCCUCGUAGCAUCGCUGGUGUUUUUCUUCAGUUGUCCAACAAAGAAGGAGUUUCUCACGCAAGCAGGUCGAGUGCUUAACACACAUCCGUCGGGCUUGGACACAUCAGCACUUAUAAGUUGGCUGGGUGUCAGGCAGAGCUUGGACGAGGCGACGCGAGUCUUUGCUUUGUAUCCGCUGGAGAACUAUUGCAUGCUCUUCUACAUCGGUUUUUUCAUGGCGGGAGAGCUGAUCUGCUUCAGCACGCUGGACACAAAAUUUGAUAGGUGGUUCAACAAAGAGGAUUCUCAGAUGCUAUUGCACGUAUAUGGGACCGCGCUGGUAAUUAUUGGCAUUGUGCUCAAUCCGAUUGCUGGUUUUCUCUUCAACUACUUUGGAUUUCGUCCAGUUUUUGCAUUCUCCGCCUUGCUUGCGUUUUGCGUGCCAGUCACUCUUUUAGUGGAGUCUGUUUGGGCGCAGUUGCUUCAUAUUUUCGCCUUGGUCACCUGGUUCGCUCUCUUUCUGAACGUCAUCUCCAAGUAUUCUGUUGCCUUCGCACCGCCGGAUUUCUUCGGAACAUUUCUCGGAUUUCUUGUUUCCGUUGGUGGCAUUCUUGCAUAUUUGAUAGACUCAAUUUUGCAAUUUCCCAAGUUUGAAGAUCUUCUAGUUCUUUGCGCCAUGAACAUGAUUGUGGGGUGGCUCUUCAGCGUCGCGUUGUGUGUAAUCCUGUAUCGUAAAGGCUGCCAAUUAUCCCGACAAGCUGCGAUGAACUUUCGCGAGCUCGUUGCGACAACUUUGAUUUGUGGAGAUCGAUUGGAAACGAGUUGCCCGGCAGAAGUGGCACGAGGUACACAGAUGCGGCUGAGCAACUCUGCUUUGGUCAAUCGCACUGAGGCUUUGGAGACGGUAACGCUUUUUCGUUCCUUCGCGGGUGUGUCCUGCCGUGUCUCGUUGGCAAACUGGGAUUGUCUCCAGAUUGGUGGCGAUAUCCGUGAGGCAAAACCAAGCAUGUGUGAUGCCACCGGAGGCUUCUACCAGCUUUUGAGCGGUGAGUGUAGAUUUCUGGAUUGCAAGGAGCGCAAGAUGACCAGAAACACUUUCCAACUGGCUUCCAUACAGCACAAGCGUUGCAGCUCGACGCUAGAUUCCUUUUCAGGAAGCUAUUCAAGGACACCCAAGAAGGAGCGAUGUGGGGUGAGAUUGGAUCCGCUGCAGCCAUCAUGCAAAUCAUUUUCUGAUCUGCCAACGCAAUUGCCACGGCUUAGAGUUGCUAUUUUCAACGCAUUUCCAAGUCGUGUGUCGCCACACCCAGGGGCCCUAUGUUGCCGAGUGGCGUUGACUAGCUCACCUUGGUUUUACAGCAAGGCUGUGUCUCGCUUCAUUUGGACUCACCCAGUCCGCAUGGAAAAUGGGCCUUGGCUGAGUUUCUUGCCACCUGUCAAGGUGGAGCUGCUGCAGGCAGAGGACAUUUGCGCAGGACGCCUCCGCCGACCUACGGGUCCGUACAGUGCUGGCUAUGAUGUUUUCCUUGUUCCUGGCGGAUCUGCGAAGGCAGACUUUCUUGCGCUCGGUGUUGAAGGCUGUGCGGCUGUGCGGCGCUUUGUGAAGAGUGGUGGCGGCUACUGUGGAGUAUGUGCUGGGGCCUUCUUGGCACUUCGGCUCAGGCUGCUGGACGUCGACAGAAGAAGCAGCAGGCUGCAACAACCUCCCCGUCAGAUGUGGCCUGAAAGCAGUGACAGUGAAUCUGGCGAUGAAGCAGCUUCAGAAGACACGAGAGCAGAUUCAAAGGCUAGCCGAGAUGGGCGUGACGCUUUCAUUGUGAAAAUGAAAUUCACUCAAAAGGGCCGAAAGCUCUUGUGGCACGAGGGACGUUCAAAAGCUGUGGAACCAGAUGAAUCUGCCUCUGGAGAAGUGUGCAUGCGCUAUCACAAUGGGCCGCUUUUGGAGAUCCCUAAGGCUUCUCCUGCCAUUUUGAUGAGCCGAAUGUCAGCCAAAGAGGAGGUGCAGGACAAAGCUCCCAGCACACUGAAAGGAUCUGCGGGCAUAGUUAUGCAAAACUUUGGCGGUGGCAGGGUUGUGGCAAUAUCACCACAUCCUGAGUCCACGCAAGAUGAGGCACUCUUGCCGGAACCUGGAAAGGAACGACUGCGACGAGUCUUGCAGCGAGCUGUGCUGCUAGCCGCGGCCGGGCCAUCGGCUCACAGUUGGCUGGAAGAUGAAAUUCAUGUACCAGUACUGGUUUGA